AACGUCUUCGCCGAAUUCAUGAUGAGGGUAAGACGGAAGGCUCGCCGAGUUCCCCUUCUACUAAUCUUCAUGACGCUCACGUCCUACUUCCAAGCCGGACAGAGUGUAUGGUAAGCAUAUUCAAUGCACGACUCUCUUCUUCCCACUUUGUUUGCAUUUGGGUUGGCGUUUUCCUUCCUUAACAAGGUCCUGUUAUUGUGUUUUGCCAGACCAUCUGGAAGAAAUGAAAUGUAGUUCUGUCAAUCUGAGGUUUUAGUGUAAUGUUUACUCACUAGAAAUUCUGCUUGGGGAAUUCGUUUAAUUUCAGAUUAUGGCAAUGCUUUUAGUAGGAGCUGAAGUGACGUUUAUAUUGUCGAAUUAACUACAUUUCCUUGUCAUAACGUUUCUCUACUUUUAAAACGCUGCUUUGUCCAGUUUCGUCCUCGGUUGCGAAAGCGUUAAUGAUUUUAUAAUUUCUUCAGAGGCGAUUACUUGCAAAUUACUUAACCAAACAUCUCGAUCUUCUUGGUCUUCUCUAAGGUCCCUUGGUAUUCCUAACCAGGCGUCCUUCCUUGGCUCAAUUCAACACUAUUGCUAUGCAAUGGGCUUGAAUGAAGAACAGGCGGAACUGUGCUUGGAAAAUCGAGAGCUCAUUGUUGGCGUUAGAUAUGGCGCUAGACUCGCCGAAAAGCAAUGCGAGUACCAGUUUCAGUACCGUCGAUGGAACUGCUCUAUCCCAGAAAGAGAUAGGAACUCCUUAUUUCAUAGGAUAACAGGAACAGGUUAGGAUUUGUUGGACUUAAUUUCCUUGUAUUUUAUAAGCUGCAAUUCAUAUUUUCAGUCUUUUUUAAACACAUCUGCUAUCGUGAUUUUGUGGUGUUUGUUUUGUGUAAGAAACAUUUAUUAAUUAAAACACGGUGCCCUUGUUACCGAUCGGCAUAAAUCACACCACGAAAUUACGCCAUGAGGUGAACUAAUUGGGUAUCUUUAUCUCCCUUUGUAUUUUACCCAACUGAAAACAUUUUUCGCAGCCCGAUCGAGGAACCUGCAGUUGCCCUGCUGAAGAAGCUUUCAAUUUUAGUACUUGGGAAGUAGUCGUUGCAGAUGGGAUGUCCGGUCGCUUUCUCUUCAAAAGUAAACGGGCAAAUUAGUCAUUCCUAAGUUGCCGUUUCCGCAAGUCAGGAGGGGUAAUGAUACAAUCAGGUUUUUUUAUAGCUGGCCUCGAUAAACUUGCCAUUUCUUUAUCGCCGGCAACCAUUGUUGUGGUUCUGUUUGUCCGUCACAGUAAUUCCCUCGCUCUCAACUCUCGAGUGAAUCGUUUCCCCAGAUGACAUAAUAUCACGAGCUAAACCGGCACCGAACUAUUGCAGCUCUUCACUGUGAGAAUUUUGUUGAUUGGAAUGUACAAUCAAAAUAUUCAGAAUCGAGUCGAGUGGAAUUAUAAAUACACAGUUACAAUUACAUUGACAAACACCAUACAUACAAUUGACAAGAAAAUCAUUUGCCAUUUUACAGUGUUUUUCCACGCUGUCUUGUUAAAAGCCCCUUUGCCCUUAAAAUAUUUGACUCCUUUUCGGCUGUCUAAGAAUAAGCGACUCCAUUAGCGCUUUCUCCACAGGAGCACGUCAGCCUGAUUUAGCAUACCUUAAUAGACGGGAUUAUAAUGUUCUCUCCGUCAAGUGUAUCUCUCGAAUCUGUCGGUUGCUCUCCUCUUGAUCUCUACGUUAUCGUGUUGGAGAGCCCCUAAUUAGGACGAGUGUUGAACAGAAAAUGUUUCUAACGUCUUGGUUUAAAACGGAAACAAAGGGUGCCCAAAGCGUUUUUUGAAUAUGACCGGUCUUCUUUCCUUUUCGUGUGUUACUAUAGCAUUCACAGGGACUAACUACUUUUCAUCAAAUAAUAUCGGUUGGCCUCUUUACACCUACAGAAAGUCCUGCGAAUCUCAGUGAUAAUGAACAUUUCGUCUAAGUAGGGAUUAGAAGUAUUACGCUAGGUUGAGCUAAAUGAGCUGUGAAAUAUAAACAUAUACGAAAUCUUUAUUGACCUACUGUAAGCCACUAAUUUUAGGCGCGUGUGGCUUAUCUUGAAAAGAACGUAUGGUUAAGAUAGACUUUAUUUAGUUUUCGAUUUUAUUCUCUUUCACACCUGUGUUAUUCUCUUUUACAACGGGUUCCCCUUAAGUGUUGAAUCAUUUUUUUUUUGGUGUUCGUGUUCACUGAGUUUUUGCGAUGGAAGAAGACCUUUUCGUCCCCUUUUUUUCUAACUACCACAAUGACAAGAUGUUCAUACCAGUCUCUCUAUAAAGGACUAUGACUAUUUGAGCCACUAGGAAUUUUUUGAACCCGUCAAAUUCUGAUGUGGCUCUCUCUGGAUAAGGACGACAAGAAUAAAAGAGUUAAUCGAAGAAAUGGAACUCUUGAGCCUGCUAAUGAAAGUUGAGCUGAAUUUUUUAAUUUCAAUUAGUGCUGUGUUUUUUUCUUGGUAUUUUUCGAAAUGCCCUCUAGGUGUUUGCAUUUUGACCAAUGCCUUUUGACCGCGCGUUUGAUCACAUGAUGACGGCUUGUGUGCGCGCGACUCGAUUUUGGAAUCACUAUGGACUAGUGCACAAAUAAUUGUGGCUCCUAAAUGGUUAUGAUUAUUAUUUAAGAGAUGGUAAUUACAGUCAACUCUUGCCUUGCGGACAUUCCUUUAAUACGAACAUCAGCUAAAUUCAAGGCCGAAAAAUGAAUUGCAGAGGUUUGACGGAUCAUGACGGAUAUAAACUCCUGCUAUUAUGGACUCUCGCUAACGAGGACAGUAACUCAAGGUCCCUACAGUGUCCGAGAUAAAGGUGUAGUUGACUGCACAGUACAUCAAAAUGAAUGAAUGGAAAUUAAUGAACUUUAACCUCAUUCCCUGAGAGAAGCUAAUUAAUAAUGCAGUUCGUGUGCAUCUCCUGUUAGCACUUUUCCUUGUUUUUGUUAUUUUUUAUGGUCACUCCUCUGCGACGGAAGCAAAACCAGUGUAUUAUUCGUUUGAUACUUGAAACGGAUUCCCGAGUUAUAUACUGCUUCGAUACUUAGCUAUGGGCAAAAAUAUCUAUAGAAAAAGUAUUACCAGAAAUGAAUGCACAAAAUUGAACUGAAAAAGCUAAUGCAUGCUCAAAGUUAUCUAUCCAUUCCCAUUUGAAGAUGGUAACAUCGAAAGCUACUGACUUUUGUUUCUUUGUCUCAUGUCUUUCGCAUCUUUUCUUGGUGUUGAGAAACCUGUUAAAAUACGAUGGAGGUGGGGUGUGGCACUACCAGCUUCCCAUUGAGUUAGUUGGCCCUUUACUCGGAGUCGGCCAACAUCCAAAUUUGAGAACGACACCAAAUUUUAAUACCGUACAAAAGUCAAGUCAAGUCAAAGAUGCUUUAUUUGAAUGGUCAAGAGUUAAAACAAUAAAAUACCCAACUUUAUUACUGUUUAAUGUCGGUGCAAUGCAAUUGUUUCUCAUGACUGAAUUUUCGUCGCCAAGCAAACGUACUAUGACCAACCCACGAGGUUACACUGAGGACAAUUUUUCCUGUUAUUUUAUGCUAGGAACCCGUGAAUCUGCUUUUACGUACGCCAUAUCAACUGCAGGGGUUGCUUAUUACAUAGCCCGACAGUGUGCAAUCGAUGGAGAUCUCAAGUCAUGUGGGUGUAGCCGUGAAAGGAGACCAAAAGAAGUUGACAAAAUGGCCAAGGAAGAAGAGGGAGUCCAAUUUGAUUGGGGCGGAUGCGGCGACAAUAUUCAAUUUGGUACUAGUUACGCAAAGCAAUUUAUGAAUGCAGGCGAAGGGGGCGGUCAAGAACACAGAGACAUGCGUGACCAGGAACGUGCACGGAUGAACAAACAUAAUAAUGAAGUAGGAGUACAGGUAGGUUCAUUGAAUAUUUCGAAACGGAUCUCUGGUAGACAGUACAAAGCAUACCCAAUUCAGCUGACUGUCUCCUUUUUUUGUAAGAAAUACAUAUCAGGUCGUGGCCUAGGUCUGGAACUCUAUCCCCCCCCCCAGGGGGGAGGGGGGAUUGGUCUCAAGAAAAAUUUUUUUCGGCCCUCCAGGCCUUAGUUUGGUCUAAAAAUAUGGGGGGCCCCGGCCCCCCGGACCCCUCCCCUGGAUGCGCCACUGUAGUCAUAGUAGCUGAGUGACUUCUGAUGAAGGCAUUCAAAUUGUAAUUAUGUUUCGCGUCUUUUUUUCUAAUUCUAAUGCUAGCUCAAUUUCUAACUACCUCUUCUAAUGAACUGAGUGCCAAUUUAGUCAUGCUGAUACGGUAGUCCAAAGUUGAGAAGCUCUUUACAAGUCGCUUAUCCGCACAAGUAGGGUUUUUACAAAUCGUCAUACACUCGUAUGACAUCUCCAUUUGAUUUUGUAGGAAACUAGAGUGAGACACAGUUCUAGCGUUGGCGAUAUUUUCUUCUUACCAUUAGUGUCAAGCCAGGGGUCAAGCCUUGUAGUUCAAGAGUCUUAUAUAAAUACAACAUUUUCAUCGAACAUUUUCUUUAAAAGUAAAUGUUUAUGUAACCAUUUUUUGUAUUGAGAACUCUCUAGUAUGUGACCUCUUAAAGUAAAGAGUUGAGGCCUCCUUCAACUUUAUGUUAAGUGGCUGAAAAGGAUGCAACAUUUUCAUAUUUUCCGUCCUUUUGGGUUAAGCAAAAUCAGAGCGGCUGCAGAUUUCAUUGCAGAGCUAUCUAGAAAACCACAAAAUAAAAAUAUUUCUAGCACCGAAAAUGUAAAAAUAGAGUAACCAUAGACCGGAUAUUUCGUUGAAAAGUACCGAGGGAGACACUCAAUUUCCGCCGCUCUUUGCACACUGUUAUUUUGGACAUCCAACAUUCAACUGGCAUUUUAUGGACAAUUCUGCAAGGCGUUUUAAUCAUAAUCAUUUUUAGAACUUUUGUCUGUUAUUUUAGUAUUGACAAGCUAAGCUUCAUUAAAUUGGAAGCCAUUAACUUUAAACCGGAACAUAUAUCUCACUUUUUAGUGAGACAACCGAGUCUCCUUUUCUUGGAGGAAUGGGAAGGGCAUACACAUACCUGUACGCAGCCGGUGGUCGUCAUAUCUUUGAAAAGCGCCGUCUCAUUUUGUUCUAAAAUUCUCCCAGUAAAAGUGAGAAUGUGUUGAAAUGAAAACAUAGCUAUUUGAUCAUGACUGUAUGAAACAAAGAUUGCGUGUUUAUUGUUUUGCAAUUAAGUGUUCUCCUGAACAGAAAGGAAACCCUGGGAGUGCCUUAAUUUUCAGGUUUACAGGAUAAAUCACGCCCAAAGUUUGCCGCAAUCGCCUAAUGGCCAAAUAUUUUCGAUGCAAUAUGCUUCGAAUUAACAGAUAAAUUAAUUGGCAAUACUCUUAGUUGACAAGACUUUCCCGCCCGUUUUAACAUUAACAAAAUAUUUGAAAUCCUAAGGAAGUGACUCUUAUGGUAGAAAAAUCGAACUAAAGUUCUAGUUCUGAUAUGCAGUUUAUAGUGAGUAAAGUUUCAUCACUUUGCUUACAUAAUGAUGAUUGCUCAUGUAAGGUUAAGGGUGAAAAAAAAAAAAAUAAAUAAAUAACCAAGUUAAAAAAGAAUGAAAAACUGAGGCAGGAAUUGGAAGACCCCACGAGAUUUGGAAUUUUUUACCCGUCAGAGCCGGAACGCUAUUACCGGGGAAACUGGUUCAUUCCUUCGCUAAUUAAAGCCAAGGAAGUAAUAAUUGCUUCGAAGACAGCGGUGUUUCUGUUGUAUUCAGACAGACCAAAGGUAUUUGCGACAACCGUUUUUAAAUCUUAAGGUGUCUAGACUUGUUUCAAUAGCAGAUCCUUUGCAAAGGGAAGGCAUCUACUAACAAUUGAAUCUCAGAUAUCUCUAACGUCUAGGGAUGAACAGAAAAUCUCGAGUGCUUAUCUUGAUGUUUUCGUGAGGGGGUCAUGAUUCAUGUGAAUCGAGAAAAUCGAACUAUAAUCUCAUAAAAGCUAUGGCCACCGGCAACGGAUUCAAAAACUCACUCGAGUGUCUUUUCAUUGCUGGACUUUUUGCUGAGGGCUGCUAGCUCUCGAAUCGUCCGUUUUUGAAGGUCUCUUCUACUUUUUCUUUCAAUUAAAAUUGUAUACUACUAAUAAGUAAAAUGUAAUUUCGAGUUUCUGUGGUUGGAGAUUUUUAUAGCCUUCGACCGUAUUACGUAACACUUAUACUUUUAAAUCAGUAAAAAAUACUUUUAAACAAGCACCCACAGCAUCAAGAGAAUUCCUCCAAGUUGUCGUUUUAGUAAAAAUUUCAGAAAUAGCAAUUUCAAAACCGAAAACGUAGGCCUUUUUCUACUAUUUUCCUUCAUGUCUUAAGCCAAAGACAGUUUUCACAGGGAUAAAUACCAAGGGGCUUUUAGUAAGAAUGGUCUAUUGAUCCUUAGGGAGUUUCCAUAGCGGUUAAAGUUCUAUUUUCUGGUCUGAGAGCUAAUAAACCUUGAGUAGAAAUCGAAGUUCGGCGAGCAAGUGCGUAAAUUCUUCGAAAAAGGGUUGUAGUUUGUUUAUUGUUCUCCUGUUGUUGUUUUUUUUUGUUUUAUUGAAAAGGUAAUUAAAAAACGUCGUAAACGAUUGCUAGUAGGAGGGCUGCUGAAUGAAAGUUUAUUAAUUGGAGAAUCUUUUAUUAUGAAUGCAAUUUUCCUUUGCCCGAGGCAAUAUUCGCGCAAAUAACCAAGUUUCUUUGGCGUGGUUGUGCUAUUUUACCAUAUUCCCCUGCUGAGCUAUCAAUAAGAACCUCAAUCUCCUUCACUAAUAACUAUGGAAAGUAUUUUCUCUGAGGGAUUGUCUGUCAUCAGUAGAUUUGCGUGUCCGGGUUUCCUACAAGGAAUAUGAUUGUGCCAAUUACGAUAUUUCAAUUUAAACGAGAAAAAUAUGUUUUAUCCUCCUUCUCUGCCUAAUUAGUUGUCUGUGAACAUCGACGUAAAAUAAUCUUUGGCCAGUAACGUCUUCCCUUUUCAAAAGAUGACCGAUUUAGUGUUGAAGCAUGCUCAUAAAACAAUCAGAUUGGGGAAUUUUAUUAACGGGCUUUGCCAUUGUUGCUUAAGGGGGUCAAAACUCCCGCUAAAAAAUGUACAACUAAUUUUUUAUCAUUUUGGUAAUUUAGUAAGAAAUACAUUUAACAUUUCUUGUAGCUUAAAGGGAAGUUUUUAAGGAAAUAUUUCUUCCAGAGACGUUUUAAAAUGGACUUUCUAUGACUCAGCUCAAGGGAAAAACAGGACCGUUAAACGUUCCCCGGCCUAGAAAUGUUAUUAAGUGGCUUGCCAAUCUUAUUCUUGUAUUGGCCAUUUUCUCAUAUCAUAAGUAAUUUCACGAGCUAAUCUCACCUUGAAUAAAACAGACUUUUCAACAUUCUUCAUCUGUGCAAGUGAAUUUUGUGAAAAUAAUUCUUUCCUUGUCAUGGCGUAGACCAUUAUGUAACCAUGUUGUUUGUAUUGUUGUCGGACAUCUUCAUCUUAUGGUAACAUUACAAGCUGCAUGUAUCGUCCCCAUUCGGCAUCACGGAUUAUGCCAAGUGUCAAUGAUGCAUUAUGUACCAUUAUCUCCGAUUACGUUCAUUGCUACAUGUCCACCUCUCACAGCAACGCUUAGAGUCCGCCUUCCAUCACUAGGUGCCAAGGGUUCAGGGAUAGCACAUGGUCAUUUUGUCAUCUUCAUGGUCAACCGACUGCAACAUUUAACGCCACCAGACCAUCACCAGUUAGCACAAGUUGGUCACAAUCGCCAGUUAGCACAAGUUGGUCACAAUCACCAGUUAAACACAAAUUGGUCACAAUCUCUCGCCAGUUAUAGCACAAGUUGGUCACAAUCACCAGUUAGCACAAGUUGGUCACAAUCUCUCGCCAGUUAUAGCACAAGUUGGUCACAAUCGCCAGUUAACACAAGUUGGUCACAAUCGCCAGUUAGCACAAGCUGGUCACAAUCACCAGUUAAACACAAGGUGGUCUCAAUCGCCAGUUAGCACAAACUGGUCAGAAUCACCAGUUAGCACAAGUUGGUCACAAUCGCCAGUUAGCACAAGCUGGUCACAAUCACCAGUUAUAGCACAAGUUGGUCACAAUCUCUCGCCAGUUAUAGCACAAGUUGGUCACAAUCACCAGUUAGCACAAGUUGGUCACAAUCGCCUCCACAUAAAACAAAAGUGAUUUAGACAUUGUUCUUUCCCUCAGGUCAUUAAAGGCAGUUCUGAGAUCACUUGCAAGUGUCACGGUGUUUCACAAUCGUGCGCAUUGAGAACAUGCUGGAGAGAGCUUGUCGACUUCUCUGAGAUUGGAAAGAAACUGCAGCAGAAGUAUGACUCUGCUAGUAGAGUUAGAUACGACAGACGAACGGGUAAAUUCAUAAGGAUUAAGAAGACCAAAGAAGCAGGCUUAAGUCGAAGGGGCGGAAAACGUAGAAGUUCUAGAAUACCAACCUAUCGAAGCCUUGUUUUCAUUGACUCCUCGCCUAAUUAUUGUGUACGCAGCAGAAGACACCAGACAGUGGGAACCAAGGGUCGAGAAUGUAAAAUCAACUCAGAUGGCGGCGACAGUUGUACAGAUCUGUGCUGUGGUCGUGGAUAUCAGCCAGCUGAAGUGGUGACAAAGGAGAAGUGCCAGUGCAAGUUUUACUGGUGUUGUACUGUUAAGUGCAAGCAGUGUUUAAAGAGAACGACAAAAUAUUACUGCCUUUAAUGAGGUACUUCAUGAUGCCAUCUCGUCACUCUGAAAUCGCCCCAUGCAAGGGAAUCCAGAUUCCGGAAUGCUUGUGGAUUCCAGAAUUCUAUAGGCUUUGGAAUCCGGAAUUCCCACAAAAGGUUGGAAUCCAGAAUCCAAGUUCCACUGACAAAGACUGGAAUCCACCCCUGCAAUCCGGAAUCCACAGCGUGGAAUCCAGAAUCCAAGACUGUCCUGGAUUCCCUUACGUGGGGCGACAGAAAGAUGUUGGUCUUAAACGCCAACGAUUCGUGAGAACCCCUCUUCAAUCUGAUUUAAAAAGUAACAACAUGAGGUGUAGAGAAUGAAAUCCUACCAGUGACCAAACUGAGAUUAUCCGUUUGCCUCUGUAUAUGCAACUGUUCAAUUUAAAUUGACCCCUUAAUCACAAAUCACUGAAGGAUAAAAUGUGUGGCCUAAACGUGGUUUGUUCCAGGGGAGGGAGUGGAGAAACUUCGAAGACUCGUCGGUGCGUCGGACUCGCAAUCCAGAGGUCCCUAAUCACAGUCCACAAGUCUUUUUUUUCUUCUCCGAUUUUCCGCUCCUCUCCUGGCCAACAAGUUUGCUUACUGCUUAAUAUGGGAAUCAUUUUUGUUCUAAAUUGUAAUGAAUGUAUUUGACCUUGUCUUGCAAGAAAAUUAAUUUUCAAACAUUGCAUAAAAAUGACGGGAUAUCCUAGUUAACUUCAUGCAUAUCACCUGUUCACCUCCUGCGGAUCUGUAGUUUAAAAUUUAUCACUUUUUUGGAACUUUCGUCUUUUGAUAAAUUUAAUAUUUAAAUUCAAGAAAUGAUUACAAGUGAGCACUGUUCGAAUGUGACAAAUGUGAUGAAUCUAGUACCAAAUCAGACAUAGUAAGGUGUAGUAAGGUAUAGACUGACGUUUUAGCCUCGUAACCCCGGCAACACAGUGACGUCAUAAGCACUUAAACGCAUUUUGUCAGUUACUGUGAAAUCGUAGACAUUCUUUUUCAAGUUCUUAUAGAUCCAACUUCUCAAUUUCCAUGUUUACUUAAAACAACCUUGAUUUGCACUCAUUUUAAACAAUUUCUAUUCAUAAAAGCUUUCCUGAGAAAUAUUUGGUUGAGGUUUGGCUGUUUCAGUGAGUGUUUUUUUCGAGUUCCUCAUACUCCCUUCAUACAAUUACCCUGCUUGUGAAAAGUAUACUUUGACUAUCGUUUUCAGACCAUUCAGCAAAUUUGAAAAAAGGGAGCUUUGGUUUAAAAUUAGUUAACAUACAGUCUUUCUUUAAACCGUGACUAAAGUCCUACAGAGUUCUUACUAAGUGGGAGAUUUCUUUAACUUUAUUUCUGUUUUUUUUGUUGUUGUUCAGAAUGAGAACAUAUGGUCUCUGAAAACCACCUUUAAUGGUUAGCGUUGGGUCGUUUCUGUCGCCUAUUUUUCCUAUGAGAAUUGAAUGGCGUUAUUGUCACUGACGUCCCUUUAUUCUUUUUACACUUUAGGUUGUUCGAGACACAUCCAAAAUUGUGUGUAAGUGUCAUGGGAUUACGGGAUCAUGUAAUUUCAAGACCUGUUUGAGGUUAUUAGCGGAAUUUGUCGAGAUUGGAAACACAUUGCACGAAAAAUACGACACUGCCGUGCACGUGAAAUUGGAACGUAAAAACGCGAAGAAUCAACUUUUCAUUAAGAGAAAUAGAGAAGAUCAACGCCGAGACUCUUGGAACAAAAGAAACUUCCAAAAAAGGCCGACUAAAGACACCUUGGUGUUCUUGAAGGUUUCGCCCAACUAUUGCCGAGGGAAUAAAGACUUUCCAGGGACCACUGGGCGUUUCUGUAGCAUUGAUUCAUAUGGCGUAGAUAGCUGCGAUGAACUGUGCUGUAAAAGAGGAUCCGUGGAAGUGUUAUUAAGGACUGACAAACGAUGCAAGUGUAAAUUCCAUUGGUGUUGCGAAAUACGGUGCAAGACAUGCUCCGUAGAGGAAACUAAGCAUAGAUGCAGGUGAACUAUUUACUAACGUUGGAAAGCAGGCGAUGUUAUACAGUUAAUCAAAGUCUGUCCUAGCGUUAAGCAUGACCAGUAUUUUAAAAACUUCCAUGGUUUCCCCCGUCAGCGUUGAACGUUGGAUGGGACUUUCAUUAUCGAUGGUAGAUAGCUAAGAGACAUUAGAUCAUACAAAAAAAAGAUAGUGGAAAAAUCUCACCCAUUUUGUGAAUGUGGUGAAUUGUACCAUGAGAAAAAGGUUUGUGAGGUUUUGGGGAGC